CUCUCGCAUUGAUUCUUUAACCAUCGAAGAAUCGGAAAGUCUACUGAUUGAAAAAUCGGAAAAAGAAGCAGAGAAGAAGAGUUAUGGUGUCAACGCGACGGAGCGGAGACCUCUCCGGCAACAAUACCACCACCACCACCACGCCCAACGGUAGCAGCAGCAAGCGAUCUCCAUCUUCUUCCGAAGAUAAACCCCAAUCACCCAAGCGCCAAAAGUUAGAAGACGGCGACGCCAGUGUCGAGAAGCCGGCGGGUGUAGCUGGUGAUCAGACGGUCCCGGAGGAGACGUCCAAGGACAACUGCACGCUGCCUCCGGUAGUUUCUGGUGAAUGCGACGCCGCUCCCGUCUCCGGAGACGCCAAGAUUGAGUCCUCCGCGGCAGCUACAACGGCGCCACCACCUGUUGCCGAAGGCUCAACACCGAAUUUGGUAGAGAAGCCAAUCACUUCUUUCUCUGGAUGGAAUAAGUAUCCGAAUCGAUUUAACUCUCAGAAACCGUGGUGUAAACUUCUUUCACAGUCUGGACAGCAUCCAAACCUUAGCAUAUAUACAUCAAUCUUUAGCAUUGGUUCUAGUAGAACCUGCAACUUCACUAUAAGAGACCCGACAGCCAGUGGAAUACUGUGCAAGAUCACUAGACAUCAGCCCGAAAGCAGUGGUGUAGCUGUUCUAGAGAUCACAGGAAGCAAGGGAUCUGUGCUCUAUAACGGAACAGUUGUCAAGAAGAAUUUCAAACGUUUUCUAGAGUCUGGUGACGAAGUGGUUUUUGGUUCACUUGCGAACUAUGCUUUCAUAUUUCAGAAAAUGUCUGAUGUUGUAGUUAAAGGUGGUGGGCUUCAGAAGCCUGCAGCGAAAUUUCUACAGUCAGAGAGAAGGGCAGGAGAUACGUCAGCUGUAAUAGGGGCUUCAGUUUUGGCAUCGCUUUCAAGCUUUAGGCAGGACUUAUCUCGUUUGAAAUUAUCAAGUCAUGCAUCCAGUAAGAGCCUCCAAGCGCCAGAUAAACCUGCUACUUCUGUGGUCCAAGAUGGCGCAGAGCUUGAAGUUGAUGGCAUGGAAGUGAAUUUUCCUGUUAAUAAUCGAAGUGAUAAAGCUGCAGAUAGUGGAGCAAUCAGCAGCCAGGACCAAAAUUCGAAAAUGGAGAUAUUAUAUGAAUACGAGUUGAGGAGAAAUUCGGAACAAGCUUCAACAUCAGGCAAUGGUCUACGAUCUACAAUAUUCAGAGAAGACAUUCAAGCUGGUGUUGUUGAAGGCAAAAGUUUGGAAGUUUCAUUCAAAAAUUUUCCCUAUUAUUUGAGUGAGAAUACAAAGAAUGUCUUGAUAGCUGCUUCACAUAUACAUCUGAAGCAAAAAGAAUAUGCCAAGUAUGCCUCCGACUUGACCACUUUGAAUCCAAGGAUAUUGCUUUCUGGUCCCGCAGGAUCUGAAAUAUACCAAGAGAUGCUAGUUAAAGCACUUGCCAAUUACUUCGAGGCGAAAUUGCUUAUAUUUGACAGCCAUCCUAUUUUGGGGGCUCUGAGUGCUAAGGAAGUUGAGUCACUGAAGGAUGGACUUGCUUCUGACAAAUCAUGUACGCGUCCAAGUCAGUGUCUUGAACUCACUGAUCGGGGGAAAAGCUCGGAUUUGUCAGCAGGUGAAGGAGAUGUGUCUAGCCCUUCUCCUACGGCUUCUUCUUGUCCAGACUCACAGCCUAAGUUGGAGGCGAGGACUUUACCUCGUUCAUUUAGAACUCCAGUGAAUCGUACUAUGAAGAAAGGUGACAGGGUCAGAUUCUCCGCUGCUAAGUUGCAUCAGGGGCUAUCUAUUUAUAGGGGUCCUCCUUCUGGGAGUAAAGGGAAAGUUGUUUUAGCUUUUGAUAAGAAUACUUCAGCUAAAAAAGUGGGUGUUAGAUUUGAUAAGCCCAUACCUGAUGGAGUGGAUCUUGGUGAUCUGUGUGAAAAGGGGCAUGGGUUCUUCUGCAAUGCUGCUGAUCUUCGUUUCGAAAGGUCGGGUUCUGAGGAUCUGGAUAAAUUGCUUAUUAACACAUUGUUUGAGGUUGUCCAUGAUGAGAGCAGAACUUGUCCGUUUAUUCUAUUUUUGAAAGAUGCUGAGAAGUUUGUCGUUGGAAAUUCCGAUUCGUACUCUGCGUUUAAAAGCAGACUUGAACAUCUCCCUGAAAACGUUAUUGUGAUCGGUUCACAGACACACACUGAUAAUCGCAAGGAGAAGGCUCAUCCUGGAGGUCUAUUUUUCACCAAGUUCGGCGGCAACCAAACUGCUCUUCUUGACUUAGCUUUUCCAGACAUUGGACGAUUACGUGAGCUUGGCAAGGAAAUCCCGAAAGCAACGAAACUUCUAACGAAGCUCUUUGAGAAUAGAGUUACUAUUUACAUGCCACAGGAUGAGGAUCUUCUUACAUCCUUGAACCAUCAGUUAGAUCGUGAUGCUGAGACUCUGAAAAUGAAGGCUAAUUUCAGUCACUUGCGCAAGGUGCUGGGACGAUGUGAUCUGGAAUGUGAAGGAAUUGAGACGCUGUGCAUGAAGGAUCUCACACUUCAAAGCGACAGUGCAGAAAAGAUCGUUGGAUGGGCUCUUAGUGACCAUAUAAAGCGUAACCCUGAUGCUGAUCCAGAUACUAGGAUUGUGUUGUCUCUUGAUAGCAUAGAAUUUGGAAUUGGAGUUUUACAGGCUCUUCUAAAUGAAUCUACGAGCUUAAAGUAUUCUCUCAAGGACGUUGUGACAGAAAAUGAGUUUGAGAAGAGGCUUUUAAGUGACGUUAUUCCGCCCAGUGAUAUUGGUGUUACAUUUGAUGACAUUGGGGCACUUGAGAAUGUCAAAGACACCUUAAAGGAAUUGGUUAUGCUUCCCUUACAGCGGCCUGAACUUUUCUGCAAGGGGCAAUUAACAAAGCCUUGUAAAGGAAUUCUUCUAUUUGGACCUCCUGGAACGGGAAAGACUAUGCUUGCGAAGGCAGUGGCAACGGAAGCUGGUGCUAACUUCAUCAACAUCUCAAUGUCCAGCAUCGCAUCUAAGUGGUUUGGCGAGGGUGAGAAGUAUGUCAAGGCUGUCUUUUCGCUGGCCAGUAAAAUUUCCCCUAGCGUUAUCUUUGUAGACGAGGUGGACAGCAUGCUAGGCCGAAGAGAAACCCCGGGGGAACAUGAGGCCAUGCGGAAGAUGAAAAACGAGUUCAUGAUAAAUUGGGACGGUCUAAGGACAAAGGAGAAGGAACGUGUUCUGGUUCUCGCAGCCACCAAUCGGCCUUUUGACCUUGAUGAGGCGGUCAUUAGACGGUUGCCCCGUAGGUUGAUGGUUGGACUACCAGAUGCUCCGAAUAGAGCAAAGAUACUAAGGGUUAUACUUGCAAAAGAAGACUUGUCCCCUGAUGUUGAUCUUGAUGGAGUUGCUAGUAUGACUGAUGGAUAUUCUGGAAGCGAUCUUAAGAAUCUAUGUGUAACUGCUGCCCACCGUCCAAUCAAGGAGAUAUUGGAGAAAGAAAAAAAUGAGCGAGAUGCUGCUUUGGCUGAAGGUAAAGCUCCUCCAGCUCUAAGUGGAAGUUCUGAUAUCAGAGCUUUAAACAUGCAGGAUUUCAGAUACGCACAUGAGCAGGUGUGCGCGAGCGUCUCGUCAGAAUCGGUGAACAUGACAGGGCUUCAACAAUGGAACGAACUCUACGGAGAAGGUGGAUCUAGAAAGAAGAAAUCACUCAGCUACUUCAUGUAGGAUUGAAUCUACUUCAGAAACCAUAACUCAGUUUUAGUCACGAAAAGAGCUCUCGGUUGGAGGUAGAAUGUGUUGUAUAUGUAGUUUGUUCAGGGGAAUAUAGAGAAAAGAAAUAAGUGACAAAAAGUUGAACGAGACUGUUUUGUUGUGUUCGAUCUUUGGGUUUGUAUAGCAGGUUAUGUCCUUCUUGUAGUGACUUUCGACAGAUUAACCGGUUUUAGUCGGGUUUUUUUUAGAGAAGAAAGAACAAGUCAGGUUCAGUCACUAGUUUCAAAUGACUUGUAUCUUGGCGGGGAUGAAUAACAAAUGUUUUCUCUGCAACUUUAA